GGUAGGCGGAGUUAAACCGAGCGCAACUCUGCGGGUCUGGCCAUGGAGAAGCAGCUGCGCCCAGGGGUCGGAGUUGGGGUGGUGAUCAGGAGCCCCGGGCACCCUGGUUGCGUCCUAGUAGGCAAGCGGAGAAGUGUCGUCGGAAAGGGCUUCUUCCAGCUUCCCGGAGGGCACUUAGAGUUUGGUGAAAGUUUGGUAGAAUGUGCAAAGAGAGAAACUUUAGAAGAAGCUGCUUUGCAUCUAACAAAUGUGCAGUUUGCUUCAGUUGUAAAUGCUGCCAGUUUAAAGGACAAUUACCAUUAUGUCACCAUCCUAAUGAAAGGAGACAUUGAUAUGAAUCAUGAAUCUGAACCAAAGAAUCUGGAACCUGAUAAAAAUGAAAGUUGGGAAUGGGUAAAAUGGGAUGAGUUUCCACCAGCCAAUAAACUCUUCUGGCCCCUACGCUGCUUAAGAGAACAAAAUUAUAACCCUUUCAAAGAAGAAUUAAACCACCUGAUUGGGUAUACUGGAAAUUUCUAAAAAUUAUAUUUUCUGGAUUUAAAACAAUUUAUCAAUAGGCCCCUACGAAGAGACUUUUGUUAUCAGUGCCAAGUUGUACAUUUGCUCUAAAUACUUGGAACCAACCUCUGUCAAUACUGCAUGAAUGGCAGUAAUCAUAUUCCCUCCAAAAGCUGUAGUUUGGCACACAGUUUCACAUAUUUUUCUUUACAACAUAUUUAAUACAGUGAUGUAUCCUAAUAUAUAGAGCUUAAUGCGUACUUGUGAUACUGAUGGUUUUAUUAUUGGUCAACGUAGCUGCAAUAAUGCAUUCUAUAUUUUGUCACUUUGCUCUGUGAGAAAAGAUGAUUGAUUGUAUAGUAAAAGUAUUAUAGUUGCGUCCAUAAAUGAUAUGAUCUAAUCACAAAAGGUCCAUAUUGUAAACUGUCUUCCCAUUCUAAUCCAUUUUGCUCUCUGACUUAAGAGUACCACCAUUGGAAAAAAAGCAAAAUUACUACCAGUGUGCAAGCCUUUUUUCAUCAUGAAAACCUGUGAAACGUUUCCAAUAAUGGGAAAAAACCCUUAACAUGUUUCUAUGCAACCCAUAUUGUGUUUAGUUUUCCAUUAGUUAUUUUUGCAUGAUAAUGCUGAACCAAAAUGUGUUCAGCCAUAUUAGCUCAAUAUAUUGUGUGGAUUUUGCCUAUGGUUAACUGAGUUAACCAGGAACUAUGAAAAUCCAUUUCGUGUCAACUGAGCCUUUAAUUUUUUUCAAGAAAAUUAUUUUUAAACAAAAAGCCUUUGAUUUGGGGAUAUUUUAAUUAGAAAGAAAAA